AUGGUGCAUGGAACACAUAUGCACAAAGAAUCGUUUAAGUCAAGUGCACAGACACAUGUGAAAGCGUGUGAUAAAGACCUUGAAGCUUAUGAAGACAUGCACAAGUUACCCAAAGCACAUGAAGGUGAGAGAUUUAGUGACAAUUCUUGUCCUUCUACAUCACUUGAACUCACCACUGAAGAACAAGAGGACAUGGCCAAUUGUUUGAUUCUUUUAGCUCAAGGUCCAAGGGAUCAUCAUCAUCAACCUGUUAAACAUCAUCAGUGUAAGACGUGUAACAGACGCUUUCCUUCGUUUCAGGCGUUGGGUGGACACAGAGCCAAUCAUAAGAAACCCAAAGACGACAAUCAUUGCAACCAUAUGAGCACUGCCCUUUCUUUGCAAUUAUCAAAUAGGGCUUCUUUCUGUGCCAGCAAUAAUGCUAAAACUAAUAAAGUUCAUGAAUGUUCGAUUUGUGGCGCUGAGUUUUUGUCGGGGCAGGCCUUGGGCGGCCAUAUGAGACGACACAGAGCUUUUAUAGGCAACAAUACAAUCACAUCGACAGCUUUGGGUAUUGGUACAACUACUGACCACCAUUAUUCAACUGAAGCCAAGAAAACAAGAAAUUUGUUGCAAUUAGACCUUAAUCUUCCAGCGCCGGAAGAUGAUCACCGGGAAUCAAAAUUCAGCUUCCCUUUGAAAGAACAAGGUAUAAUCUUUUUAGCUUCUCCUUUAGUUAAUUGCCAUUACUAA